AGAACUUCCUUUUUUUCAAAUUGGGACAUUUCACGAGCUUCCUUUAUAUUGUAGCAGCUUUGUAAAGAUAUUCAUUGAAGCUCGGGAAGAAUGGUCUUACUUGCAGGACAGCUUCAAAGAAUGUUUCAGUGUGUAGCUGUCAUAGUGUGUAUUUUCAUUGUGCUGUUUUGGACGAACAACGUGCCAAAAACGAUUAUUUUUGUGAGGAUGAAUGAGUUUCUGAGUGGCGAGACGACGGAAAGGAAUCCGUUUGAGAGGUAUCCAAAUCUUAUGCGACCUACUCGGUGGUAUCCGAAUUGCACAUCAAAACUGAGACAGUCGUGGAUCGAGGAGCACUUGAAUUUCACCAUCUUUGUGAAUUAUUUCAAAGCCUACAAAGAAAUAGAUUGCUUCAACGACGUAACACUCGUUUCGCAUGCAGAAAUCGACGAUUUUUCUCACAUCAAAGAGCUUGCCGCAUCUUAUCAAGCACCGAUCGGAUUAUCUGUUUACGCUGACAGUUUGAAUGAGUACGAAGCCGUGCUGAAAUUCUUUAUCCGACUGAGAUAUUGCGAAAAGGUAGUUCGAAAAUAUGUCAGCUUGCAUUUCAUAACCCCGAAAGAACUCGGAAUCAAGCCGGAAUCAGAAACGGAAAAAAUCGAAGAAGACGCCGCGAAACUAUUUGCGAAAUUUCUCAAUUGUUCCAACCCUGUUGAGCUCGACGCCAAUUUCACGCGAAGACAGGAUUCCAUGAAGGCUGAAAUUCACAAAAAUCUUUCUCGCUUUCCUGUUCCGCAUGCCUUUCCCGUGAAUGUUGGCAGAAACGUCGCAAUUAAUGCUUCAACAACUUACAUGAAUCUCAUAUCCCGUGACAUCCGGCUUUUUCUGAGGCCAGUUUACACUCAGCUAGAAUUGGUCUCAUUGCUCAAAACUUCGAAGCACAACUACAUAAAUGAAACAAAUCCCUAUGUUUUCGUCAUUCCGACAUACUCGAGCACAAAGAUCGACGCAAUCAACGACGAGAAGAAGCCAAUCAAAAGGUUGCCAGAAACCCUCAAAGAAGCAGAAGCGCAAAGAAAGCUCGGAAAGCUGAAGUCAUUAGACAUUUUCGACUUAAGAACAGCACUCGAAAAGACGCACGCUUCGGUUUUGAGCAGUGAUUCAAUAACUGAAUCAUUUUCCUAUGGAAAUCCCGAAUUGAAAGAGCUGAUGGAGUUGACCAGCAACGAUGGCAAUAAUGCCUCAAUGUCGUCAGCACCAAACAUGUACAUUGUGGCUGGCGCCGUUCAGCCCAUGUUUGAAGAACGGUUGUCUCUCGAAGGUGGCAUGGAUCUCUUGCCAACUAUGUUUGAAUUCUGCGCAAAGAAAUUCAAUUACGUCCUCGUAACCACAGCGUUUGGAAUACGCGAAUUUGACGGCGCCAGUAAAAAGAUCCAUCAAACUUCUGCCGAAAAAACAUAUCUGCAAAAGUCAGUGUCUGUAAUGGUUUGCCAAGUUCCCUUUGGAGUGUCGCAAAUUGCAUUGCCUGCAGGAGCACCCGACGAUGAGCUCAGCACAAAUCCAGACUGGCAAGAAUAUCUCCAAACAGAACUGUUUCCCUCGUUGAAGCAGUCAAUGAGCAUGUUUGAAGAACUUGCCGUCGGUUUACCCGAACAAUUCCCGACUCCUUGA